UAAGCACACCCUAACACACUCUGUUAGGCAUUGUAGCAUGAUUAUGUCCAUAUACAGUCUGUCUACAGAGAGUGAAACAGGAGACCCCCCAAAUGAACAAGUUCCUUCUGAUACAGGAAAAAAGCACAUCUGUUGGUGUGGUGGGUGACGUUGGAUCCUCAACUCCAGUAGUACUACAGGGCUGAUUUUGUUAAGGUACCACUACCAGUAGGUUGCAUUGGUCCAGUCUUUCUGUUUGUAACCUAUUAACUUGGUGCAUUUUCUGUCUGCAGUACUUGUAAAUCUCUGGUCAACUCCCUCAAGUCGGCAUUUUACGAGUGUCUGGAAAAUAUGCUGCAUUUCAGAGGAAUCGUUUGUGCCAAAACCCUACAAAGUACUUUGUGCCAUGUGAGAAACUUUAGGUUGGCAGUACCAGUUUUCAACAGUGUUAACCUAAAAGGUCGUGAUCUACUGACUUUGAGAGAUUUCAAUUCUGAUGAAAUAAAGCAAUUGCUGUGGACUGCAGCAGACUUGAAACACAGAAUAAAAGAGAAUGCAGAGGUCCUGCCUUUGUUGAAAGGGAAAUCUCUGGCUAUGAUUUUUCAAAAAAGGAGCACCAGAACAAGAUUAUCCACAGAAACAGGUUUUGCUCUACUUGGUGGACAUCCUUGUUUCCUUUCUUCAGAAGUCAUUCGUGAUAAUGAAAGCAUCAAAGAUAGAGCACGUGUUGUAUCUAGUAUGACAGAUGUGAUCCUCGCCCGUAUCUACAGCCAGUCUGACUUAGAUCAGUUAGCCAAGGAGGCAUCAGUUCCAGUGAUCAGUGGGUUGUCGGAUAUAUACCAUCCUAUUCAGAUUUUAGCUGACUACCUUACACUUCAGGAACACUUUGGGAAGCUGCGUGGCCUUACAUUGUGCUGGAUUGGUGAUGGAAAUAAUGUCCUAAAUUCCUUUUUGAUGAGUGCUGCAAAGUUAGGAAUGCAUCUGAGGAUUGCAACUCCAAAGGGAUAUGAACCUGAUGCCAGUAUGAUGAAAAUAGCAAAUCAGUAUUCCAAAGAGUUUGAGACUAAAUUGGUUUUAUCAAAUGACCCCAUGGAAGCUGCAAAGGGAGCCAAUGUUUUAAUUACAGAUUACUGGGUGGGCAUGCAGCAGGAAGCAGAGAGAGAAGAAAGGCUGAAGGCUUUCAGUGGUUACCAAAUCACAAUGCAGACCGGAAAAGUAGCUGCUCCUGACUGGGUCUUUCUGCACUGCCUACCUAGAGAACAAGAAGAGGUGGAUGAUGAGGUCUUUUACUCAGAUCAUUCCCUAGUUUUUCCAGAGGCUGAAAACAGGAAGUGGACCAUUAUGGCAAUCAUGGUUUCGGUAUUAACAGAAUACUCACCACUGCUUAAGAAACCCAUAUUUUAAAAUUAUUAAAUUAGCUGUGUUUGUACUCUUUAUGUUACAGUACAAUUCUAAAAUACAUUUUAUUGUAAAUGUUUUAUGUAAACUCCUUGAAUAUACAGCGGAAAUUUUAAAUACAAUUUUAUAUACAGAAUUUUGGAUGCAUUAUUUGUUUUUUAACAUGAGAUAUUGUGAUGAUGUUUAUUACUUCUGAAAGUUUAUCUUUUCAAAAACUGAAUUAUGAUUAUUAGUUUUCAGUUAUAGGUUCAUAGGUUCAUAGGUUUAUACUAGGCUAUCUGCCCUAAGGCAUUUAUAAGCCUAGCCCAAAUUUUUGUGGC